AUGAGGGCUCAACAAACGACUAAAACUAUUGUUGGGGAUCUUGCAUGUCAGAAAAAUGUAAUGCUCAGGAGCUUUGAAACACAAGUGGUUGAAUGUAGGUUGGCAGAGAAUUUGCCUAAAACGUAUGAUUGUCAGAAGAGUAGUGAUUUGUGGGAAAUUGAAUUAGAAGAUACAAUAUUGUUUCCUGAAGGAGGAGGCCAACCGUCGGAUUUAGGAACAAUAAUGCCUAUAGAUCAAACAACAGUUGUUCGUGUGCUGUAUGUUUUCCGAAGAGGACUUGAUGCGGUCCAUCUUUGCCAAUCGCCGAUUCAGAAGGGAAAACGGGUUAUAAUUACUCUUGACUGGGAUCGGCGAAAAGAUCAUAUGCAACAACAUACAGGACAACAUUUAUUAUCUGCUAUUUUGGAACAUGAACCAUAUAGAAUACCUACACUUUCAUGGUUUCUCGGUCCUGAUAUUUCAUAUAUUGAGCUUCCUCGAAAACCAACAUCUGACGAGCUUGAGCAAGUGGAGGCUAGAUGUAAUCAAGUAAUUGCUGAAAAUAUGCUUGUUACAGUUGAAAAUACAAUGGAAACACCUAAAACGCUUCCUAAUGAUUAUGACGCGGAAAAAGGGAUUAUACGAGUUAUUUCUAUUGGAGACUUGGACAAAAAUCCAUGUUGUGGAACACACGUUCCUAAUACUGCUUACUUAAACACUUUGGUUCUUCUUCAUACUACAUCUAUACGGUCAACAAAUGUACGAUUACAUUUUGUCGUAGGGGAACGUGCUAUUAAAUUGUUUAAAAAAUCUUUUUAUCAAAUUAAAACGUUGUCUGCUUUUUUUUCAUGUAAACCGGAAGAAAUUGAAGAAAAAAUAGAUUUAUUUAGUCAGAAUAUGAAGAAUUUGCAAAAGUCAGAGCGGUAUUGGAUAUCUGAAGCUGGUGAAUUAGAAGCAAGUCGUAUUAAAAAUGACAUUAUUCAUAAAGGUGUAUCUUUUGUUUGUAAAGCUAACGGUAAUAAUGAUUAUUUUAAUGCAAUAAUUCGGAAUCUUGGGAAAGAUAUUCAGGGUGUAGUUGUUUUUUGUUCUGGAGAAAGUCAAAAAAGCGGUCAAUUAAUUAUCAUUGGGGAUCCUAAAAAAGUAGAAAUAAUGUCAGAAAGAGUAAUGAAAGUUGUGAGUAAUGUUAAAGGAGGCGGUAAAUCAAGAUGGCAAGGGAAAGUGUCUGUAUGGAAACCAAAAGAAAUAGAACAACUUCGACAAGUAGUCGAAGAUUUUUAUAUUUGA